UGAGUUACAGAUUCACGAGUUUAAGAAGACAAGAAAAAGAAAAACAGAAGGACUCCAAUCACCCAGCAAAUAUGAAGCAGACCCCAGAAUGUGAUACAGUCCAAAGAUGUAAAUUAUUGUAAAUCAUCACUGUUGUUCAGGAUUUCACACACCACCUCUUGAGCCAAUUUUGCUCACUUCUCCACAGACACAAUAAUGAACCAAAUAAAAGGAGGCACCAAAAAUAUAGGAGGGGGGGAUAGAAAAGAAAGCCCCCAACUGCAGAGCUCUGCUCCACAGACGCUUAACCUUACAGGAGUUUGGGCUCCUUCAGCAUUUGUAUUCUAUCCAAAUCCUCAUGAGUCACAAAAAUUAAAAAGCUAUAUCCUUCUGGAUGCCAGGAAGGGCCUUACCACAAGCCUUUUGUCAGAGGGAGAGAGAGAAAGAGAGAGCAUGAGCAAGGGGGGGAAGCCACAGUGGAAGGCAGUCCCACUUGACUGAGUGCUGUGAGGUCACAAACCACAUGAUUCUGUCUCUCCAGUAAUAGUGCUUGCAAAAAAAAGGACUUUGAAAGCUUUUGCUUUUUUGGAUUGUGUGAAUGCUUCAUUCGCCUCACAAACAACCACAGAACCACAAGUGCGGUGCAAACUUUCUCCAGGAGGACAGCAAGAAGUCUCUGGUUUUUAAAUGGUUAAUCUCCGCAGGUCCCUACCAGCCACCGAGACCAACAGAGUCAUUUAAGGCUGCAAGCAGAAUUUACAACAGAGGGUACAAGUUCUAUCUGAAAAAAAGGAGGGACUAUGGCAUCAAACAGCCUCUUCAGCACAGUGACACCAUGUCAGCAAAACUUCUUCUGGGAAAAAUUCUAAUAAUGAUGUUGCAGUAUUCCACAGAACUUUCCAUUGAUAUGGACAUAUUUUUAUAUAGAGGUAUGUAUUUGCCACAUAUAUACAACUUCAAUUUCUUUCAAUUAUGAAAAUUUUAAUAUGUAGUAUAUGAAUUUGCCUGGGCAUAGGCAUGCAUAUACAUAAGUGACUAGAGAAACUUGGGAUAAUAACUGUA